AUGAAGGGAACAAUUGUGACAUUGGAGGAGUUAAGCUACAAUGCUAAGAAGGAAAUAGUUGACAAAGUUGAUAAGCUAAAAAGGAAUAAAGUGGAGAUCAACUCUUCGAAAGAACAAAUGGAGUAUGCCUUUUUAGAAAGUCAAAAAUUCCAGAAGUUGUAUGAGGCAGACGAAGAUUUCAUUCAGCAAAAAGAGGCAGAGAUUUUAGUGUCUACAAUUUGGCGCCCACCGUGGGGCCUUGACAAUCAUUCGGCUAGAUCAGUCAUUUCCGGACGACUCUCCAUCAUGUCUUCGGACGAUUCAAAUGAUUUUGCUACUCAACUGGCAGCGUUGAAGGCUCAAAUGGCGGAGGACAAGGCUGCAGCAAAGGCCGAAAGUGCCUCCGUCCGGGCAGAAAACAUUGCCUUGAGGGGUAAAGUAGAGCAGUUGUUGGCUCAGCUUUCCACACCACCCUCGACCUCACAGGUCCGUCUCAAUAUCGGCUCGAUGCAGUCACUGGACUCUCCUAAUCCAGCUGAAACUUCUUGUCAGCCGCGAUCUCAGUCAUUCAAUGUCCCACACCUACCUUUAUCGGUCGGUGAGCAAUCUAAUGCCUAUCACAGGGAUCUUCCGCCCCCACCAACUCGUUCGGCCAUGACAACCAAUGCCGGGCUGUCCUAUGACAAGGGUUUAACCGACGCGCAGAGACUAACCGAAGUCAAAACAUUCCUCAAACGACUUCCCGGAGUACUGGUGCCAAUCCGGAAAAGCCUACCCGACAGUUAUUCUGACUCUCCGUUCUCCGAUCGCAUCGUUUCGGUGGAAAUGCCGAAGAAAUUCCAUCUUCCCAACAUGCGCUCCUUCGAUGGUACCAGCGACCCGGACGACCAUAUGGCCCAGUAUAGACAAAGAAUGCUCACCCUCACCGUGUCAAGGGAAUCUCGUGAAGCAUGCAUGUGCAAAGCGUUCGGAUGCUGCCUCACCGGUCCAGCAUUACAAUGGUUCAUUAACCUCCCCAAUGCCUCGAUCAGUUCGUUCGCCCAACUGACAGAUCUUUUCAUAGAGCAGUUUGCUAGCAGCAGGAGGUUACCCAAAGCUUCGGACGAUCUCUACAAAAUCAGACGCGGGUCGGAGGAAUCUCUUCGCUCUUAUAUUGGUCGCUUCCUGGCGGAGAAGGUGCUGAUCCCUAGCUGUAACGUGGAGACAGCUGUCACAGCUUUCAGAAAGGGUCUGUCACCCUCCGACGAACUCUAUAAAGAGUUGACGAAGUUUCCGUGUACCAACAUGGAAGACGCGCUGGCGCGCGCGUGGGCCCAGGUUAAAUGGGACGAGGAUGAAAGCAAUCAACAGCAACCCCCGGCCGGGAGGAGCGUCGGACACACUGGGGUCGGCAAGGAUCAAUGCCAAGAUCAUCGACCUCGAGGGUCGGAUCGAUCACGCCAUGAUAGACGACAAUACGAUCGAUCUAGAUCUGCAUCGUCCAGUUUUCGAAAGCCGGAAUACGCAUUUAACAUUGAACCGACCGAAAUGAUCUCCACUCUUAAGAGCUUGGGGAACAAGGUGCAGUGGCCUAGCAAAAUGAGGUCCCCAGCUGACCGUCGGGACUCAUCGAAGUGGUGCGAUUUCCACCAAGACCAUGGCCACACCACUCGGGAUUGUCGAGGUUUACACGAUGAAGUUAUCGAGUUGUUGAACCGUGGGCACCUCAAAGACGUGUUGACCGCAAAGGGUAAAGAAACCAUGGCCAGAUGGAUUGAUCGAGAGCUGACACCACCGACUCACCCGAAGCCAAAAGGGUCAGUCGGAGUCAUUAUCGGUGGUUCUGAGAUCAGCGGCAUAUCGCAUUCAGCUGCAAAGAGAAAUGCCCGGAAGGCUGUGAAUCCAAUCCUACGAUCCACCGAACUUGUCGUACCACCGUCCGGACAAAUGAUAAGUUUUAUUGAUGAUGAAGCCACGCAAUUACUCAAUCCACAUCACGACGCUUUGGUAAUAUCUAUUCUUGUUGCUAAUUACACUAUUAAACGUGUCUUGGUUGACAAUGGCAGCUCGACGAAUGUCCUAUUCUUUGGUUGUCUCAAGGCAAUGGAAAUCGAUGAAUCCCAUAUCAUUGGCCGGUCAACAAUACUCCUUGGGUUCAGCGGGGAGCAGGUAUACAGUCUGGGGGAGAUCGCCCUGCCGGUUUAUACCGAAGGAAUAAAUCCCAACACUAACUUCGUAGUGUUAAAAGGCUCUUCGCCGUAUAACAUCAUACUCGGUCGACCAUGGAUCCACGAGAUGAAAGCAAUCCCUUCGACGUACCAUCAACUGAUACGUUUCCCUACGAAAUGGGGAGUCAAAGAGAUUAGGGGAGAACAACUUGCUUCACGGAACUGUUACACCAGUGCCUUGAAGGGGAAAACAAAUGACUUAUAG